AUGGACUUCGUGGAGGAAAAAGCCGGCCCACACACUGAGCUCUACACAAGCAGACACAGUGUAAGCAAUGCACAGGCAGGGAUGCUACAUCGCUUCACUAUUGUCAGCUUUACCAAGUAUAACAGCCUAUAUAAACAUGGCUUGUGGUACUCAGAAGUCAGUGCAAAGAAACAGAAUAAGAAAUGGCUGGUGAAGGACUGGAAAUUAAUCAAGUAUUAGAAAAACAAUGUGGAGCAAGGUAGACAUCGUUAUUCCUCACGUUGGGUGUUCUAGCUGCCUCAUGACCGAGACACCUGCUACUUUGUCCACUGUUAUCCUUACUCCUACUCCAGUCUGCAGGAGUAUCUGGGGGCCAUCUCUAAAGAUCCAGUGAAGUCCAUAUUCUGCAAGAUUCACAUCUUAUGCCAUGAACUGGUAGGAAACAGAGUAUGUUUUAACUACCACCACCACCCUGCCCCUCCAAAAGUGACAAGGAAGGCUGUGACACUGACAGUGAGGGUGCAUCCGGGAGAAACAAACCGGGAUUUCAUUCUUGGUAAGCAAAGCUUACCAAGAGUUGUUACCAACAGCAGUGUCCUGUGGGACAGUUUUAUCUUGAAAGUGGUACCAGUGUUGAAUCCAGAUGGUGCGAUUAUGGGAAAUCACCACUUUUUAACAGGCCAUGACCUGAACUGCAAAUACAGAUCUAGUGUAGACAAAUGUUACCCUUCCACCUGGUAUACCCAAAACAAGAUAACUUGGGAGUCCAUAGGACAGCAUUUCCACAAUGCUCUCUUGAGCUACUGUGUAAAUAACAAGCAGGAACACAAGAAGGUAGUGAAACAGUAAGCCAGGGUAAACUCCAAGGUCCUAAAUUAUGAUGUGUUAGACUGGAAUUCCAAACAUUUACGAAAAGUCAUGUGUGCAACAGGAGGCAGGAAAUGUGUGUACCACGAUGUGAUCCUGUCCAUGAGAAAAAAAUUUCAUUCAUCCAUCUUUAAUCUGUUCUCACAGAAGAUAAGGGAAAAUGGUUAAAAUGUCUUUAAGACUGCAGAGAAGACUUUCAAUAUCCAAGAAGAAAGAAAAAGGAAGGAGCGGUUCCCCUCAACAAACACAAGACCCAAGAAAACCAGAACAGCAAGCAAAGAUGUAAAUUUUGGAAAGAGAAAAUCUUGCCAGGCAUAAGACCCACUGCAGUUCUCCCUUCUGAUACUGCCUGAGUCAAGGAACAGACAACAUGCUAUGAAAUAUCAGGGUAUAUUUUGGAGCCCCAGUUCUACAGCCAGUGAAGGCACAUGA